AUGAGCUUUUACAAGUCUGCUAUCAUUACGUCCAACGUUAUCAAUACGUGGGAUGGCUACCUCUUAUGGAGGCAAAUGCGAUCUUGUGACAUAAAAGUGAUCCCAGAGAAAUUGAAGAGCACCGUCACCACGGAGGAGUUCCAAAAGAGCCAAAGUUACAGGAAAGAGUCCUCGGUCUUUUCUUUGUUUGAGCAUGUUAAGGGAAUGAUCGUUUCAAACGCCACUUUGCUCUUGAAACUUCCUGCAAAGUUGUAUUACUUUUGCUCAUCCAGAAACAGCCUGCAGAGAGGAUCUUUUUUGCAUGGUUGGCUCUUUUUGGUAGCCUCGGAUGUGGUCUCAACUUUGAUCGAUGUACCUUUUUCCUAUUACAAGAACUUUGUGAUCGAGAAGAAGCACGAAUUCAACAAGAUGUCACGCUGGGAGUUUGCCAAAGACACAAUGAAGACAUUUUUGCUGAGGACUACGCUGAUCUACCCCGUCCAAUGUGGGCUUAUUCAAUAUGUUGUCUCAAAGUUUGGUGUGCGGUUCCCGAUUUACUUUUUCAUCGCUAGCUCCGUUAUCCUGUUCGCCUCUAUGUUCAUACUUCCGGUCUUCAUAUUUCCGUUAUUCUUUGUGUUUUCGCCGCUUGACGACAAGGGGGAGCUGCACGAAAAAAUAAAAGCACUGGCAGAUAAGAUAGGCUUUCCGCUCAAAAAAAUAUUCAUCGUUGAUGGCAGUCGACGCUCGACUCACAGUAAUGCUUAUAUGUAUGGAUUUUGGAAGAACAAGCGCAUCGUUAUAUAUGAUACCCUACUCGAGCAACUAAAGGGGGACGAUGAGCAACUAUUGUCAGUCCUCUGCCAUGAGUUUGGUCACUGGAAGCACGGUCACACACAUGCUUUUUUCGUCAUAAAUCUCUUGGCAUUGUUAGGCAUUUCGUAUGGAGCAAGAUAUUUUAUUUUUAAUCAAUCACUAUACAGCCAGUUUGGCUUCCAAGAGAUGGAUCCCAUUAUAGGAUUGAUGCUAUUCCUUGAGGUCUUUGUAGAGCCUGUGUCAACACUUUUGAAGUAUUGCUUCUCCCAAGUUUCGCGCCGAUUCGAAUUCGAAGCGGACCGAUUUGCGGUUUCCAUGGGCUAUGGAACCAAACUUGGAGAGGCAUUGUUAAUCACGAAUAAGGCGAAUAAGAUGGAAUUAACACCAGAUCCUUUAUACAGCGCACUGAUUUACAAUCACCCACCUCUUAUAGAGCGCCUCAAUGCUAUUGCUGUUGAGGAUAAAAAGCGAAUUUAG